UUACUCUCUCUAAAAAUGAGUUAUGUCCCCUCAUUGAAUUUACGCCAUUUUCAAACAGGCAUUGCUGAUAUCAAAUUUUCAAUUUACUUGGUACCUGUAUACACAUCUCAGUAUGGACAUGGUAGUGCUGGCAUUGGUUGGCUUUCUGUUACGUCUUGGUCUCAUCAUUUAUGGAGAAUGGCAGGACAGAACGAUGGCUGUAAAAUUUACAGAUGUUGAUUAUUUUGUGUUUAAUGAUGCUGCUUCAUAUAUCACUGAGGGAAAGUCACCUUACCUGCGAGCUACUUACAGAUAUACCCCGUUACUGGCAUGGAUGUUACAACCAAAUAUCUGGUUCUCAUCGGUAUUUGGGAAAUUGUUGUUUGUCACCUUAGAUGUUUAUACAGGAUUUCUUAUCUAUCGUAUAAUGAGCUCAUCUAAAAGCCUCUCACUAAACUUUGCAAAGCUGUGUGCAGUAUUUUGGUUAUUCAAUCCUCUACCAAUGACCGUUUCAAGUCGUGGAAAUGCAGAGUCCAUAAUGACGUGCCUUGUGCUUUUAUGCUUAAAACUGUUCUUGGAGCGCAAAAUCUUAACCUCAGCCAUUGUUUAUUCACUGGCGGUACAUUUCAAGAUCUAUCCAGUAACUUAUGCCAUACCGAUGUAUCUUUUCCUUGGUGAGGAUCAUAACCAAAUAAAGAGUCAGUCGCGAGGAUUGUGGGAAACUGUCUGGAAUGCUGUAAAACCAACAAGACGAAGAACAACAUUUGUUUUGGCCACUGGUCUUACGUUAGCAGUAUUGACAGGCAUCUUUUAUAACAUGUAUGGCUGGGAGUUUCUGCAGCACACCUACCUGUAUCAUGUGACCAGGAAGGAUAUACGGCACAACUUUUCCGUGUACUUCUACAUGUUGUAUCAGCAGUCGGGGGCAGAUACAUCUGUUAUAAUAGGUCUUAUUUCAUUUGUACCACAGGUUCUGCUGUUGUUGGUAUUCUCUUUCAAGUUCUACACAGAUCCUGCUCUUGUGUUCUUCUUGAACACCUUUGCCUUUGUUACUUUCAAUAAGGUGUGCACUUCACAGUAUUUUUUGUGGUAUUUAUGCCUACUUCCCCUGCUGUUACCAUAUCUCACCAAGAUGUCUCGUACAAAAGCUGUCACUCUUGUUGUACUGUGGUUCACUGGACAGGGGAUGUGGCUGCUACCAGCUUAUUACCUGGAAUUCCAAGGCUUGAACACUUUCCUUUACAUUUGGUUUGCUGGCCUCUUCUUCUUUAUCAUCAAUUGUUACAUUCUGUAUGAGAUUAUAAACAAUUAUUCCAGUAUGCCGUAUGUUUUCGAGAGAUCUAAACAAUUGGUGGUAAAAGAUCGUGUUGCUGAAGAUGAACUAAACCAUGAAAAUAGGAGCAUGAAAAUUGAACAGACUGUAUCAGGUGAAAAAAUCACAAGAAAUACAAGGUCUCAAACUAGAAGAAGAAAUAAAAUCAAAAACUGA